AAAAAACUCUUUUCUUAAUUUGGAAGCAUGUUUUAAGUUUGAAAAUUUUGAUAUGCAAAAAUUUAAAAGAAGCAUCCGUUCCGAUUCACUUGUCCUUCGUUAUUUGUCGCGCAUCAUAACUGACUGACUCUGUGUCAACUCCAACGGCCACACAUUCAAAACAGGUUCCCCACCUUAACCGGUCAAAACCGGCGUCGUUUCGAUGAUCCCAUAAAGCCCACGGCCACAAUCCUCUGCGGACGCAACCACACAAACCCCCUAUCCCAACCAAUCACAACCCGUUUCACCAUGACAACCACGCCUGUCUUUUGACACGUGUGAGUGAACCAUGAUAGUAUCCUACACCGUCAGGCACACGAUCGCACGAUAUUUUCUUUCCCAAAGCGUGAAGAGUCACCUGCAACCAAUUUCAACAUUCUCUCUCUCUUUGGAAUCUUCCUUCUGCUUGGAACCCUAAAACUCUGAUUACGUACCUACCCAUUAUUUAAUUGGUCCGUUUUUAUAAUUGGGGUUGCUGGCUGAACCAAUUAAUCAUUUGGGGUUGGAGGAACAAGAGGAGUGAGAGAUUCAAUUUUUUUCUGCUUUUAAAAUUAGGGUUUCUUCAUUUGGUACCGAUUCCCUUGUUUCUUGGGCUUUUGGAAUUGAUUCAAAUUUUGGGUCUGGUUGGUGGUUGUUAAAUCAAAUCGACGAGAAAAUUUUGAUUUUUUUCUUCUUCUGGGGUGGUGGAAAAUGGAUUUGGGGGUUUCUGAUGAGAUAUUAGGCACUUUUGUGCCAUUAGUUGUUUACUGGAUUUAUUCUGGGAUUUACGUUGUUCUGGGGUUGUUUGCUGAGAAUUAUCGGUUACAUUCGAAGCAGGAAGAGGAUGAAAAAAAUUUGGUGUCAAAGGGUGCUGUGGUUAAAGGUGUUCUCCUCCAACAGCUAGUUCAGGCUGUGGUUGCAACCCUCUUGUUUGCGCUGACAGGAAGUGACGGCCAAAAUACUACAAGCCAGAAUACUUCUCUACUUGUUUUAGCAAGGCAAUUUGUUACUGCUAUGCUUAUAAUGGACGCAUGGCAAUACUUUAUGCACAGAUACAUGCAUCACAACAAAUUCCUUUACAAACAUAUCCACUCUCUACAUCACAGACUCAUUGUACCCUAUUCGUAUGGAGCUCUUUACAAUCACCCUAUCGAGGGGCUUCUGAAUGACACUGUUGGUGGGGCAUUAUCUUUCCUACUCUCUGGGAUGAGUCCUCGAGCCUCCAUCUUCUUCUUCUCCUUUGCCACCAUUAAAACAGUGGAUGAUCACUGCGGGUUAUUGCUCCCCGGGAACCUUUUCCACAUCUUUUUCAAAAACAACUCAGCCUACCAUGAUGUACAUCACCAGCUCUAUGGCAACAAGUACAACUUCUCGCAGCCAUUCUUCGUUAUGUGGGACAAAAUCUUGGGUACCUACAUGCCAUACACGUUGGAGGAGAGGGAAGGUGGUGGUUUUGAAACUAGACCUUGCAAAGAUUACAAGGAUGAUUAACUUUUUUGCUUGAUGAGCAUUCUUUAUCUGUACUAGUAUUGUUUUCCCUUGUUAUGAGCAGCUUCUCCUUUCUCUUGUGAUGCCUGUAUAUAUACAUUUGAUGUGUCCUGUUCGAUAUUUUUGUUUCCCUUAUGUCCAUACUAGAUAGACAUAAUAAAGGAAAUUGAGGUGCUACCUAUUACCAUUUGAUUUUCACCCUUGUAUUGCUUGCUGCUACACUCAAUAGUCAUACCUGGUAUCCCUGAUGUCUUGCCUUGUUUAACUUGCUCA